AUCAUUCAGUGGCCAUCUGCUCAGAAACAGCAGCAAACUGCAAGAGAGGUAGAAGACAAAUAUGGCAUUCCAGGUGUGAUAGGGUUCAUGGAUGGCACUCAUAUCAGUCUUGCAAGUGCACCUGACGGUGACAGAGACUAUUAUAACAGAAAAGGUUUUCCAUCAAUGCAGUUACAGGUUGUGACCGACAGCAACAUGCUAAUCAUAAGUGCAUACACAGGGUGGUCUGGAUGCACCCAUGAUGCAAGGGUUCUGCGUAAUUCAACACUGUAUCAGAAAGCAGAAGAGGGCCAAGCCAUAAUUAACAAUCAUCACAAUUUGGCUAACAAUGCCUAUCCUUUGCGCACUUGGCUAAUUUCCUUAUUCAAAAAUUAUGGACACCUUACACCACAACAGCAGAAGUACAACACCAAACUGUCUAGUGCAAGACAAUCAGUAGAAAGGUGUGUUGCCCACCUUAAAGGAAGGUUUCGUCGUUUGAAGGAGGUGACAUUUCACAACCCAAGGCAUAUAGCAAAAUUAAUUAUGGCUGGGUGUAUUUUGCACAAUUUGUGUGUGAAUAGUUCAUGUUAUUGA